AAGAAAGAAAGAGAGAAGAAGAAAAGAAAGCAGAAGAAUCCAUAGGUCUUUCCCUAUCUUCCUCUCCUCAUUUCCAUCCAAAAAAAAAUCCACACUUUUUUUCCACCUCCCAAGAAAAUCCCAAGUAUCUUCACUUCUCCAUUGCCCCACUCCUUCUCCUUCUUCUUCUUCUUCUUUAGAUCUAUUCAUCUUUUCAACUAUUUCACUUCAAAAACUCAUCUUUUCAACUUGCUAGCUCUACAUUUUCUUCAUUUCUUCUUCCAAAACCUCCAAAUUCUCCAAAAGAUUACAUUUUUCUCAAAGUCAGUAUAGCUCACAUUUGUUGCUUUCCUCUCUUAAUCUUCAAAAAUCUCAUCUAUAAACUUCACACUCCUCUUCAUCUUCACCUCCUUCUCCAAAAAAGCUCACAUCUUUCAACUUUUCUUUGAUCAAACUUCCAUCUUCUUCUCCAAAGAUCCCAUCUUUCAACCUCCAUCUCCAACAACCACAACAAUGGCGUCCACUGGCAUCAUCCUCAGCACAACCAUUCCUCUCACACUCAUCCUCAUACUCUUCACACUUUACAUCUACUUCCGCAAAAGAUACAACUCCAUGAGAAGGAGAGACUCCUUAGAAGCUGGUGGAUAUGGCUACGACGACGGAGACCCAGAGCCGGAGGAGCUGCUGAGAUUCGCCGGCGGCGAGCACUUAACAGCUCAUGACAUCCUUGACGCGCCCGGCGAGGUGGUUGGUAAGUCUGGCUACGGAACGCUGUACAAAGCCACGGUGCAAAGGGGCGGUGUGCAGCUGUUGCUGCUGCGGUUUGUCCGGCCGGUUUGUGCCGGUAGGACGAAGGAGAUCUUGCCGGCGGUGAGCGUGUUGGGCGGAGUCCGGCAUCCGAAUCUGGUGCCGUUGCGCGCUGUGUAUGUUGGUCCGAGAGGAGAGAAGCUCUUUGUUCAUCCUUUUUACCUUGCUGGCAAUCUCUCUCACUUUCUUCAUGAUAGCAAUGCCGAAGCUCAUAGAUGGGAAAUCAUUUACAAGAUAUCAUUAGGCAUAGCCAAAGGACUGGAUCACCUUCACACAGGCUUGCAAAAGCCUCUAAUUCACGGCAAUCUUAAGUCGAACAACAUCUUGCUCGAAGAUGAUUACAGGCCUCGCAUAUCGGACUAUGGUUUGCAUCUUCUAUUGAACCCAACUUUCAGUCAAGAGAUGCUCGAGGCCGCCGCGGCGCAGGGGUACAAAGCCCCCGAGCUCAUCAAGAUGAAGGAGGCAACCAAAGAGAGUGAUAUAUACAGCAUGGGUGUAAUCUUUCUUGAAAUGCUUACUCGUAAAGAGCCGGUGAACAACAACUUUUUACACUCGAAGGAUCAACAUUUACCGACUUCAUUGAGGAAUUUGGUUCUCGAGCACAAUAUAUCGAACAUAUUUAGUUCCGAGCUUGUCAAGCAGAGCAAGCAUCGGAGUGGUGUUAGUGAAGAGUGUUUGUUGAAGUACUUUCAAGUUGCGAUGGCUUGUUGCUCACCUUCCCCUGCAUUGCGGCCGGAUAUCAAACAGGUUGUUAGAAAGCUCGAAGAGAUUGAACGAUGACAAUGGCGAUGGCUAAUUCAGGUAUUAUUUAUGAACUAACAACAUCUCAUCGAUCUAGAUUGUGACCGAAAUGUAUAUGAUUUACAAACUGAAUGAAUGAAAUGAUGAUGAUCAAACUGUGAAUGGUUUGUGAGUUGUAGUGAUAAAAUCCCGGGUUCUUGUUUUA